CACUUCCUCCCCCAUUUUCCGUAUCAGCCAUUUCCAUCAGCCAUUUCCAGAUUCCACUUUCUAUCACACUUCCCUGCUUCUAGUCUCCGGCCAACUAAUCUUUCAGGAAGACUCUUCUUCGACCGUAUUUUUACCAAACUCAGUCAGCCAUGGCUAAGAAGAGCGUUAGCUCGUUGACCGAGGCCGACCUCAAGGGGAAGCGUGUCUUCGUCAGGGCUGAUCUGAACGUUCCUCUGGCUGGCGCGGUGAUCACUGAUGACACGCGCAUUCGCGCUGCCAUUCCCACCAUCAAGUACCUGUUGGACAAGGGUGCGAAGGUCCUUCUAGCGAGCCACUUGGGCCGUCCCAAGGGCGUCACCGAGAAGUACCGCCUCACACCGCUCGUUCCCCGGCUCUCAGAGCUUCUCGGCCAGGAGGUGAAGAAGGUGGAUGACUGCAUCGGCGAGGCCGUUAAGACGGCCGUCGCGGAUCUCAAGGAGGGCGAGGUGCUGCUCCUCGAGAACGUCCGAUUCCACCCGGAGGAGGAGAAGAACGUCGCCGAGUUCGCGCAGAAGCUCGCGGAGAACGCGGACUUGUACGUCAACGACGCGUUCGGCACGGCGCAUAGGGCGCACGCGUCGACGGAGGGGGUGACCAAGUUCCUGAAGCCGUCCGUUGCCGGAUUCCUCCUUCAAAAGGAGCUGGACUAUUUGGUCGGAGCCAUCUCCGAGCCCAAGCGGCCGCUGGUGGCCAUCGUGGGCGGAUCCAAGGUGUCCACCAAGAUCGGCGUGCUGGAGUCGCUUCUUAACAAGUGCGAUGCUCUCCUGCUGGGCGGCGGCAUGAUCUUCACGUUCUACAAGGCCCAGGGCCUGGCUACGGGGUCGUCUCUGGUCGAGGCGGACAAGAUCGAGCUGGCGGCGAGCCUCAUCCAGAAGGCGCAGGAGAAGAGCGUCAAGCUCCUGCUGCCCACUGACGUCGUCAUCGCUGACAAAUUCGACAAUGAUGCCAACAGCAAGGUGGUUAAGGCAGCGGAUAUCCCAGAUGGUUGGAUGGGUCUGGACAUCGGCCCUGAAACCAUCGCAGCGUUCUCCUCAGAGCUGCAAGACGCCAAGACCAUCAUCUGGAACGGCCCCAUGGGCGUCUUUGAAAUGGAGAAGUUCGCCCGGGGCACCGAUGCCAUUGCACUAAAGCUUGCUGAGGUGACAGCAGGGGGCGCCACAACCAUCAUUGGCGGUGGUGAUAGUGUGGCGGCGGUGGAGAAGGCAGGAUUGGCUGAGAAGAUGAGCCAUAUUUCGACAGGUGGCGGCGCGUCAUUGGAGCUGCUCGAGGGCAAGGUGCUUCCUGGCGUUGCAGCUCUUGACGAGGCAUGAAUAAAUAAGAUUCUAGGGCAUAAAUUGUGCUGCUUAUAGAGCUGCUGAGGUGGUGCCCACGGUUGAAGGACAUCAGGAUUAGCGUGAAUGCAAGGAUAUCGAGUACCCCAAAGUUGCAUUGCAUGCUAUUCCCAUCAUACCGAUGCCAAGCCAUGUUGCAUUUACCAUAAGGAGAGUUGUGUGUUUUUUGCGAACAGAUUUGUGCAUCAACA